UUUUAAGUUUUAGCUCGGGAGCCUUUCUUGACCUAUUUCAAACGCGGAUUGUAUAGUAUAAAUAACAGAGCUUCGGCACCUUUAGAUAUCACUCUAGCUCUAGCACUUCCGCAGACAAUGGCUUCUCCUUUAAAAAACUUCAUUCACUUCUUUCUCAUUUGUACCAUCCACUUCAUCUCUUCAUCAACAGCCAAAACUUCAACUCGCCCUAAAGGCCUCAUUCUCCCCGUCUAUAAGGAUUUAUCAACUCACCAAUACAUCACAGAAAUCAAACAAAGAACACCACUUGUGCCUGUUAAACUAGCAGUUGAUCUCGGCGCUGAGUUCCUCUGGGUCAAUUGCGAGAAAGACUUCACCACCUCAUCCUAUAAACCCGCCCUUUGCAACUCGGCCCCAUGCAAACUCUCCAAGUCCAUUGCUUGCACCACCGAGUGCUACUCCGCAGCGAAACCUGGUUGCACCAAUAACACAUGCGCCUUAUUCCCCGAAAACACCAUCGCUCCCAUACAAACAAGCGGGUCCCUAGGGUCCGAUGCUAUCGAGGUUCAAUCUGGAGCUGGAUCCGUCACUGUCCCCAACUUCCUCUUUGUUUGCGGUUCAACAAUACUGUUAGACAAGCUCGCAAGCGGCGUCACUGGCAUGACAGGCCUCGGAAGGGCAAAGAUCUCAAUGCCUUCACAAUUCUUUUCCGCAUUCGGCUUGAGACGAAAGUUCGGCGUGUGCUUGAGUUCGACUCCAUCCAAAGGCAGCAUAUUUUUCGGCGAGUUUGAUUCUUCAACCGCGCCUCUUACUCACACCCCACUUCUCACCAACCCAGUAAGCCUGUCCUCCACAAAAGAACCUUCCGCCGAGUACUUCAUCGGAGUCACCGCAAUCCAUAUCAACGGAAAGGCCGUACAUGUAAAUCCAGCAUUGCUGUCGAUCAAAAACGACACUGGCCACGGCGGGACCAAGAUCAGCACUGUGGACAAGUACACAGUGCUCGAAGCUUCAAUCUACAAAGCCGUGGAGCACGCAUUCGUGAAAGAAUUGAAUGUGCCGAGAGUUCGGUCUGUGGCGCCAUUCGGGGCUUGUUUCGACUCGAAGAAAAUUGGCACCGCGUACUCGGGUCCAGCCGUGCCGACCAUUGAUCUAGUUCUGCAGAGCAAGGAUGUUUACUGGAGGAUUUAUGGCGCGAACUCGAUGGUUCAAGUGAGCAAGGAUGUGUCGUGUUUAGGGUUCGUGGAUGGAGGAGUGGAUUCGAGAACUUCGAUAGUGAUCGGAGGGCAUCAAGUUGAGGAGAAUCUACUGGAGAUUGAUUUGAAGGCUUCGCAGCUGGGAUUCAGCCCGCUUGUGUACCGGAAACAAAUAUGUGCCAACUUCAAAUUUGCAGCAAAAGCAUGAGUUGAGAGUUAGUAAGUCGUGAGAUGUUCCAGACUAGCUAGAACAUGUCCAUGUGACAUGUCACGUUCCCGAUUUUUCUAUAAGAAAGAUCUUUAUUUUAUCUUUUUCUUCGACGAAUGAACGGCUGAUCGAUUUUAUGAGUA